AUGACUCAAUUUUUUGCAAUUAAACCACUUUUAAUUGUUGCUUUAUAUAUUCAUCAGUUGAUUUACAUUGCAGGUCCAUUUUUUGGUUCUCAUUUUUUGAUGGGUGGUGAGCGUUAUGAAGUUGGUAAACCCGAGGCAUUUCUUUUUGGAGAAAAUUCCGACCUUGAUUUUCUCGAAGGCAAACCAGCCCAGUUCCCUUAUAUGAGACAGCCUGUUACUGACCCAGUUAAAACCUUAAAUGCACUUAUUAACCUUCGCCGCGAUUCUGUCAAGCUUGUGAAAGUGAAAAAUAGGGAUUCUGAAAGCAUGGAAGAAGACAAGGAUUACUUUACCAUUGAAUUUUGUUUUGAUUGCGACAGUGCCUGCUACGUUCAAAUUCACUUUUUUGCUACCGAAACAAUUCGAAAUGGUUGUGUUACGUUUCUUUAUCAGUAUCCAGACUUGAAACCAUCACCACAGUAUUACUUUGAUGUUGGUGCUGAACAGCACUUCAAUCAAUACGUUAUUAAGCAAGAUUUAUUCACUGAUUUCAAUAUGCACUAUGAAGCAGGAUUGUAUUUUCCGAUAGUUAUCGAGCUCCGUACUGUUGAUUGUGGAGUUGAGCAGGUUCAGACAACUAUGGCAAGUGUCAAUCUUUCAACUGACCAAAACGCUACCUUCGUCAUGAAGCCUCUAAAACAGAAAUUGAUUGCUGAUGGCGUUAUAUAUCUUUUACAAGAAAUAUAUGGGAUAGAAAAUAAAGAGCAUGAUCUUAAUGAUGAGAACGGUUCUGAAUGCAUAAUUUGUUUGUCUGAUAUACGGGAUACAGUUAUAUUACCUUGUCGACAUCUAUGCAUUUGCAACGCAUGUGCUGAAACACUUCGUUACAGGCAAAAUAGUUGUCCUAUUUGUCGGUCACCAUUUCGCGCUCUUCUGCAACUGAAGACAAUGCGGGUUGUUAGCAGCGUUCCAAUAACAGACCAAUAUUGUUCCACACAGCAUACACGCUCACAGACUAGGUUCAUCUGUUCUGUAUUUAGAUACGAAACAAUGACAUUGGUUGAAGCACUAAAUGGCCCCAUAAGUCACAUUCAAUCCUGCAUUGUUCCAACAGCUCCUCCCGCCUCCGAAGAUGAUUCUGCGUAUGAGUCUUCUGCAGCUAUCAACCAAAGCCCUAUAAAAGCGCUCAAAGAAACUCGAGGAGUACUUUUUAUUUCUCUUUUAUUUGCUAGGUCUUUUGUAGAAAAAAAUGCUUUUUCUACAAGCGAUCAUGAUUUGGAAACUGAUGAGAAUGCUGUGUACAUUGAAAUGAAAUCUACAAGUGAAUUCUGCCAUCGCGCCAGUUAUGCGGAGGGCAGCGAUGGGGCUUCUGCAAGCGAUUCGUGUUGUGAGGUGAGUGCUGGAGGUUCUCAGAGAAUAGAAGCUGAAGUUGCUGAAGAGAGCGAGGAACCUAAUUCUGUUGUGAUAGAAGUUGCUAAUGACAAAUGA